AUGGAGGCAGAAAACAAGUCUAAAGGUGUGCCCAUGCCAAUGCAAUUUCCUCCGCAGCCAUCUAUGCCUCAGCCUAUGUCAUCCAGUGUUGGUAGUGGUAGUGCUAUUCAUAGUGUGGAUGCCAUAAAAGGAAAGGGAAAGGCUAGUGAUAUUGGGCAGCCAAGAUCAGUUGAUAAUAUAUUCAAUGUGCAGGGACGGGCUUUGACAAAGUCUUCCACUGCUAAAUUUUUUUAUGCCCAUGCCAUCCCAUUUCAUGUGGCCUGUUCUUCUUACUUCAAAAAAAUGGUCAAAUAUAUAGCUAUUCUUGGUCCCUCUUUUGUACCCCUUAGAGAUCAUAAAGUACGCAGUACCCUCCUUGACAAAGCAUAUUGUAAGGUGAGUUUGGUGAUGGAGGACAUGAGGCGAACUUGGAUGAGGACAAGUUCUACUGUGAUGGAUGGGUGGACCAAUAUUAAACAUCAGCCACUGAUCAUCAUAGUCACAUGCACGGUUGGAUCUUAUUUUCUUAGAGCCAUUGAUUGUUCAAGGAAAAGAAAGGAGGUAGACUUUCAAUUUAACAUUUUGAGAGAGGCCGUAGACGAGGUUGGGGCCUCAAAUGUUGUUCAGGUGAUCACUAAUUCAGCAUGUGUGUGCAAAUUGGUUCGCUUAAUCGUGCAGGGUGCUUACAAGCACAUCUUUUGGACAUAUUGUGUUCAUGCAUUGAACAAUGCAAUGAAGGACAUAGAGAAAUUAGAUUGGGUAAAGGAAGUGGUGGCACAAGCUAGAAAUAUUCAAAUGUUCAUUUGCAAUCAUUACACCUCACUUGUUCUCUUCAUGACUUUUUUAAAGAAGGAAUUUCACAAAUAUGUGGAGACAAAAUACGUUAGUUAA